AUGCUAAUCCACAGCCCUCGGCACCAGGGCGCCUUUGCGCUAAUGAAGAGCUUUUCAAUCAGCCGCGCGGUGUGUCGUCCCCCGCCCCUCAGCGGCUCAGUCCUGGGGGAAGCGGUUCCCCAGUCCCCAGCCCAGCAGGCAUCAAGGGUCGUAGCCAGGCGCAGAGGCCGUUCGAGGGGCUCACGGGACACAAGGGGCAGGGGACCGCGGAUUUUAUGAAGCCAGCCAGACUCCAGGCUGCGUCCUGUGGGUGUGGAGCCCAGCGGAGACGGGUCCGGUUUGAGACUGUUCCAAUCCACGGAGCAAUUCCUCGCGGAUCCGCUUUUCCUUUGCAUCCCCCAAGCCCGGUAGCCAACGUCGCCUGGUCGAAGAGCCGCGUCGGUUUUAUUGAGCGAUGCAAAAUCCAGUCCCGGCCCCGGCCCCGCUCCCUGGCUUGAACAGCUGAGGUGAGCCAGAUCUCAGACUCUGCUGGAGUUUCAUUCCUUUGAAGGGAAAGGCCCGGCUCAAAGUGUCUUCAAAACGGCCUCUUUUGAGUCGCACUCCCUGAUACACGCUCCGGCUUGAAGACUCAGUCUGGUGUGUGUGUGGUGGGGGUGUUGUUCUUUUGAACGGAUUAAAUCUUUGGGGACCAAAUGACGGACCGUCGUGCGCCCAAAACUUUGCCUCCCGAAAUUCACCCGGUUUAAGACUGCGUGAGAGCCAAAGACUCCCAACCCCGUCCGGCUCCCCGAUCUCAGCAACGGAUAGUCACUGGAUUUCAGACUCUCUUGCAAUUUUCUUCUGUGGGCUCCACCCAAGUAACUCGGCAUCCAUCUAAGGCUCUCGACGGCCUGGCUCUUCGCCGCUCAUCCUGGCCCUGUGGCGGCAAAUCGGGCCAGUCACACGCCGAUUUUUGGCAGGUAGCCCAAACGCUGCUUCGUUUGCCGCCCCGAUCUCCACAACCGCUGGAGUUUGUUCUUUUGAACCAGCGCCGGUCCGAAGACGGUGUAACGCCCGGGCGGGCGGGAUCGAACCGGGGACCUCGGGAGCUAAAUGCGUGAGCCUUCACUGCAUGAGCUAAAAGCCACCUGGCUGGCGAGCAGACUCAUUAAUCUCUAAGUGGUCUCCGUGCCACUUGAUGGGCCAGAGCACCACACCCAGGAGGUGUGUGGGUUACCAGGGCCCCAAAGUGCCUCCAACCCCGAACUGAGCAGCUGAUCUUUAGCCCAAUAAAGCAGCGGGUUGGGGGUGGGGGGGAACGGGGAGUUGGAUGCUACAUAAUUCGCCGCAGCUUUGCAGGGAAGACAGAGACCCAGCGCUGGAUUAGGGAGCAGCGAGGAGAAAAGAUUUGAUUCCUGCCUCCAAGACAGGCUAGACGCUAAGAGUGGAUUAACCGAUCAGUCUGCGGAGCGUGGAGCAUCGGCCUUGCCCGUCCAAUUUGGGGAGGGAGGGAAGGGGCCAUAUGGGAGCCCAAAUCGCCGUCUGGAAUCCAAGAAACUUUCUUUCCCGGAGAGAUUUGAAUCCUUGGCUGUGAGUGGGAGGGAGAGAGAACGACCCGGGGGUGGGGGAGGCACAUUAGGAAGGGAGCCGACGGUCUGUGGCGACGGAGGCCGGGGGACGAUGAUCAAGCUAAGCCGGAAGACGCGCUCGCUGCUGGCGCUGGCCUUGAACUCGCUGGCCCUCUGCUUCGCGGUGUCGGCCUUCGCCACCAGCUACUGGUGCGAGGGGACGCACAAGGUGGUCAAGCCGCCGUGCCUGUCGGCCAUCAGGAAGGGCAACUGUGUGCCCGUCGGGGCCAACGAGACGGAGGCCGGGAACGCCACCCUGGACCCCAAUGUGGUGCAGUACAUCUGGGAAACGGGCGAGGAUAAGUACGCCUUCCGGUACUUCCACACCGGCUUCUGGCUCUCCUGUGAGGAGCACCACGGAGACGAGAUCUGUCGCAGUUUCAUAGAGCUGCCCCCCGAGUCGGAGAAAGGGGUGCUGUGGCUGUCGGUGGCGUCGGAGUUCCUGUACAUCGUCCUGCUCAGCGUCGGCUUCGUGCUCAUGGGACUGGACGCCACCUGCUACGCAGACUUCAUCGCCGGGCUCAAGAUCAACGCCUUCGCCGCGGUGAUCACCGUGCUGUCGGGCUCUCUGUCCCCAGGCCUCCUGGGCAUGGUGGCCCACAUGAUGUACAUGACCGUCUUCCAGGUGGCUGUCAACCUGGGGCCCAAGGACUGGAGACCCCAGACCUGGUUUUACGGCUGGUCCUUCGGCAUGGCCUGGCUCUCGUUCACGCUCUGCAUGUCGGCCGCGGUGCUGACCCUCAACACCUACACCAAGACCCUGCUGGAGUUCCAGCACCGCCGGCGGAUCUGCGAGCAGCAGAGCCAGCGCGGGCCGCGCUCCCCCGGCCUGGCGCCCGAAUUCCAGCGCUUCCUGUGGGACAAGUACGUCUUCAGCGUCAGUGACUCGCUGGACUUCUCCCCUGGCCGCUCCCGCCCCACCGCUGGGGGGCGCAAGGGCCGCGGGGGGGGCUACGCCGGCCUGGCCGGGGGGCGCUGCGGGGAUGCCGGCGACCCAGACGAUGGCGAACCCUGCUAGGGGGUGGGGGGAAUCGACCCACACAAUUCCCCUCCCCCAUUCAUGCCCCCUUCCUCCUCCCCAAUCCAUGUCCCUUUCCCUCCUCCCACAAUCCCCUCCCCAAAGGGGAAACUGGGCAGGUGGUGCAGGGCAAGGCAGCCCCAGGGUCAGAGACCCUUAGUGGGGAUGGCGGGUGGCGAAGGCCGGGGAAGCCUGAGGGUCAGAGACCUCUAGUGGGGACAGGGCGGUGCAGGCUGGGGAAGCCCCAGGGUCACAGGCCGGGGCAGCCCCAGGGUCAGAGACCCCUAGUGGCGGUGGGGACGCCGGGCGGCGCAGACCAGGGAAGCCCCAGGGUCAGAGACCCCUAGUGGGGACGCCGGGCGGCUAGGCCGGGGCAGCCCCAGGGUCAGAGAACCCUAGUGGGGACGCCGGGCGGCACAGGGCAAGGCAGCCCUAGGGUCAGAGACCCCUAGUGGGGACGCCGGGUGGUGCAGACCGGGGAAGCCCCAGGGUACCUUUGGUCCCAGCAGCUUCAGUCCAGAACCGGGAGUGAUCCUGGUUCCAGCCUCGGGCCCCACAGCAGGAACCGAGCGGGGGAGACUCAGCCUGGUGGUGCCAGCGAGGGGCUCACACGGGGGCGGGGGGAUGUAAUGACCAGAAGCUGGAGUUGGGGAGCGAGGCAUCUCCGGGCCGCCCAGGGGCCAUCACUGGGGGGGGGGGGCAACAAGGGGGAGAAAUGGCCCUCUGGGUCCUGCUGAUGUCACCCCCCCCAGGAAUUCCUGUGGGGUCACCGUGACAUCGAGUGGCUAUGUGGGGAGCAGGCAUAGCUGUGCCGGUGCCCCUCACUCCCGACCCGCAGCUCCCUGCUAGCCCAGCCCUGGGCUUCCCCCCCACCAGCUCUGCCAGUGCCCCUCACUCCCGACCUGCAGCCCCUGUUAGCCCAGCCCUGGUGCCCCUCAAGCCCCAAACACCCCCCACCCCCAGGUCUCCUGAUGCAUGUGGGAAGGGUGUAUAAUUGCUGCUUGGUUCUGAUACAGCAGCUCCCAUCUGGGGAGAUCAGAGGUCGUAACACUCCGUGUGAUUAAAGAAAUUAAGAAUUAA